CACCAGAGAAUACACUCAGGAGAGAAGGCUUUUGGUUGUGAUCAGUGUGGGAAGAGAUUCACUCAGUCAGGACACCUGGCUUUACACAAGAGAAUACACACAGGAGAGAAGCCUUUUGGUUGUGUUCAGUGUGGGAGGAGAUUCACUCAGUCAGGAAGCCUGGCUGGACACAAGAGAAUACACACAGGAGAGAAGCCUUACCACUGCUCAGACUGUGGAAUGAGCUUAACCACUUCAAAAGGACUUCUCGUACACAAGAGAAUACACACUGGAGAGAAGCCUUUUGGUUGUGAUCAGUGUGGGAAGAGAUUCACUCGGUCAGAACACCUGGCUGGACACAAGAAAAUACACACAGGAGAGAAGCCUUACCACUGCUCAGACUGUGGAAUGAGCUUAACCACUUCAAACGGACUUCUAGUACACCAGAGAACACACACAGGAGAGAAGCCUUUUGGUUGUGAUCAGUGUGGGAAGAGAUUCACUCAGUCAGGAAGACUGGUUGAACACAAGAGAAUACACACAGGAGAGAAGCCUUUUGGUUGUGAUCAGUGUGGGAAGAGAUUCACUCAGUCAGUAAGGCUGGUUGAACACAAGAGAAUACACACAGGAGAGAAGCCUUUUGGUUGUGAUCAGUGUGGGAAGAGAUUCACUCGGUCAGGAAACCUGGCUGGACACAAGAGAAUACACACAGGAGAGAAGCCUUUUGGUUGUGAUCAGUGUGGGAAGAGAUUCACUUGGUCAGGAAACCUGGUUGAACACAAGAGAAAACACCACACUGUUGGGUAA